AUGAAGACACCUCGUCGCCGCCUCCUCCGCUCUGCCGUGGCCGCUGGGCUCGCUGUGCAGCAGGGUCCAGCCAUCCGCACGGGUGCGAUCACUGCCAACAAUGGCGGUGUUGCCCUCUCUGCCGAGGAGCAGGUUUCCCGAGGCCUGCCGACGGUGAGCAGCAGCGACCCGUUUAGGCUGGUGGGUGCACGCAGCAGACCGCUCGAGAGCCUGGUGGAGGUGCCUCUCUCGCUCUGCGGAGGCGCAUACUGCAUCACUUACACGAUCGACAACCAGCCGUUCCGCGCAGUCGUUGACACUGGCUCGCCCUUCCUUCUAGUCGAGGGCGCGAGGCCUGACGGCACGUGCGGGCAGGCCGCGAAUGCACAGCGCUGGGGCUGCUACAAGGGUGCCGCCCGUGGCACGGGCUUGCCCGAUACAGACGAGCUCUUCGGAGGCGAAGACGUGGGCGUGCAGUGGCGGCAGGGUGCGUUCGCGCUGCGGAAUGCGAGCUCGGGCGGCGGGCUGGCUAUCGACGACGCCAUCUUCGGCCGCAUCAACAGCUACGAGGGUAAGGGCGGUGGCGGCGCCGUCUUCCUCGGCUUCGCCAAGAGGAGGCUGCCGCGGAUCCGGCCGACGCUCCUCGAGCAGACGGGCGUCGCCGCUCUCCGCUUCGACUUCCCGGGGCGGAGGAUGCAGCUCUCGCCGGUGCCGCUCAUCGGCUGGCGGGAGGACGCGCUGCGACUCAUCGACCUCCGCCCGCGCGGGACGCCAAUCGCCAACUACGCGUGCCGGGUGGAGCGCCUCGUGGUCAACGGCUGCCUCGUCCCGCUCGACCGGCCGUGCGUUGCCGUCAUCGACACGGGCACCACCGGCCUCUCUGUCUCCGAAGACUUGUACGACUCGGGCAUCCUGCCUGUCCCGGUCCGCGAGGCGCAGAUCGAGAUGCGUACCGAGCGCGGGGGUGUCGCCGUCCUCGAGGCUUCGGUCCGGCGCCGGCGCCGCCCCUACCCGGGCGUGCCCACGAUCGAACAGCCCCUCUCGGCGGAGGAGUACGAGGAGUUUCCUCUGGUCGUGUCGCCGGUGCCCGUGCCGUGGUUUGAGCCCGGCUUCGGCGAGGCCUGCGCCGACGGCGAGCCCUUCCAGUGCGAUGGCACGCCGAUCGGGACGCGCCGAAGCUAUCUCUCGACCCUUCUUCAACGGGUCGAUGGUCUGGGCGAGAAGCCGCACGUACUCUUUGUCGGUGCAGCGUUUCUUUGGCCACGGCAAAUCACAAUCGACGUUGAUGCGUGUCGCAUGCUCAUCGUUUGA